UUGUCAUUCAGACGUCGUUCAGCGUUCAAAGUGACGGGACUGUGCCGCGUGAGUGUCGUCGUGAAAAAUAAAAGUGGUCCAGUUUUUGGGGGGUGGUGAAAAAGUGCGUCGCAAGAGACAUUCCAGUGCGUUUCCGGUGCCGAAAGUGUGUGCAAUCGAUCGUCGACCAUGGUGUGGGGCUUCGUAACGUGUGGUCCCAACGAGGCGCUUGUUGUUUCAGGAUGCUGCCACAUGAAACCACUGCUCGUUCCCGGAGGACGUGCCUUCGUAUGGCCCUCGAUCCAGCGCGUUCAACGAAUCUCGCUGAACACGAUGACGCUGCAGGUCGAGAGUCCGACCGUGUACACCAGCCAGGGCGUGCCGAUUUCCGUGACCGGCAUCGCCCAGGUCAAGAUCCAGGGCCAGAACGAGGACAUGCUGCUGACGGCGUGCGAGCAGUUCCUGGGCAAGUCCGAGUCGGAGAUUCAGCACAUUGCGCUCGUCACGCUCGAGGGCCACCAGCGCGCCAUCAUGGGCUCGAUGACGGUCGAGGAGAUCUACAAGGACCGCAAGAAGUUCUCCAAGCAGGUGUUCGAGGUGGCCUCGUCCGACCUGGUCAACAUGGGCAUCACCGUGGUGUCGUACACGCUGAAGGAUAUCCGCGACGAGGAGGUUCCAGCGGCAUCUCAUGGUCCCUUGUCCAAUCUGCGUGGCAAUAAAGUUGAAUAUGGUUACCUCAAGAGCCUGGGAAUGGCCCGUACGGCGGAGGUCAAGCGCGACGCCCGAAUCGGUGAAGCCGAAGCCCGUUGCGACGCCACGAUCAAGGAGGCCAUCGCCGAGGAGCAACGGAUGGCGGCCCGCUUCCUGAACGACACCGAGAUCGCCAAGGCGCAGCGUGACUUUGAGCUGAAGAAGGCCGUCUACGACGUGGAGGUGCAGACGAAGAAGGCCGAAGCGGAGAUGGCGUACGAGCUGCAGGCGGCCAAGACCAAGCAGCGCAUCAAGGAGGAACAGAUGCAGAUCAAGGUGGUCGAGCGCACGCAGGAGAUCGCCGUGCAGGAGCAGGAAAUGGCCCGCCGCGAGCGUGAGCUGGAGGCCACCAUCCGGCGACCGGCCGAGGCCGAAAAGUUCAAGCUGGAGAAGCUGGCCGAGGCGAACCGCAACCGGGUGAUCUUGGAGGCGGAGGCCGAAGCGGAAGCGAUCAAGAUCCGCGGAGAAGCCGAAGCGUUCGCCAUCGCGGCCAAGUCCAAGGCCGAAGCCGAACAGAUGGCCAAGAAGGCCGAAGCCUGGAGGGAGUACCGUGAGGCGGCCAUGGUCGACAUGCUGCUGGAGACGUUGCCAAAGGUUGCCGCCGAGGUGGCCGCCCCGCUGUCCCAGGCCAAGAAGAUCACGAUGGUGUCGAGCGGCACCGGCGAGGUCGGCGCGGUCAAGCUCACCGGCGAGGUGCUCCAGAUCGUCAACAAGAUCCCGGACCUGGUCAAGUCGAUCACUGGCGUGGACAUUUCUCGGUCGGUUCACGCUGGUUAGAACCGCACACAGGUUGGCGACGACCUUCUGUUGAUUUUGUGAGCGCUUCUCGGUCCACGUUCGUCACAACCGCAACAACCAAUAGUAGACGUAAGUUGUGCACGGAACGUGUACGGGUGUGCGCCCACUCCUUUUUCCCUUCUUGAAUAAUGAUGGCCCGCCGCGGUGAGUGGAUUUGCGAAAAAAGGGCAGCCAUAACGUUCCAGAGUUGGAGCGCGUUGUUUAUUGUUUUGCCUUGGUUUGGUAAGUUUGUUAAUUUUCUUUCUUUUCUGUUAUAUUCUGUUGUGUAUAUUUUUGUAAAAUUAAGGAAAUUGACGAACAGAUUUCUAUAUUAUUUUAUAGUUUUAAGUUAAAACAUUUAAAUAUCUUUUGAAGUUUAUUUCCAACAGAUUUUGUUUGUUACUUUUAAUUUUAACGAGUCGACUUUCCACUACAAACACCGCAAAAGCAUCGAAAUCGUAAACGAACACUUCACUAUUGAAGCGGGACUAAUUUCACUGCCAAUGCGUCAAGUUUUGCACAACUUAAAACCGAAAAUAAAAACACCUUCAUCACAAACGUGGAAAGUUGGCUCGUAUUUCCUUAUUUCCUUAAAUUUUCCUCAGAAGAGUCGUUGACCGAAGAAAAACCACAAUUAACCCAGUGUGAUAUUACACGAAAAAAAAUGAACCAAAAAUUUCACAAAAAAGCCAGAUGAUCAUUCUCGUACAAGUAUUCGUUCUCGUCUUUUCUCAAACUUAACGCGAAAUUAUCGCGCUCGCGCGCAAUGUUGUUCCAUCCACUCGUUUGGCCUAUCUAUAGCUAACACACAAACUCUAGCAAAUUGUUCGAAAAAGGCGAAAGUCUCUUUUCAGUGCUCGCUUUGUUGAACACUUUCCCUAUUACGAAUGAAAACAAAAUGAUAUUUAAACGAACGGACUUCUCAUUUGUGUAAAGUGAAAUCAUUAAAUAAAAUAGCGAAAAAUACGACCCUCUAACAAACAAUAGUGUGACAAGAAAAAAACAAGCAUUUGUAGGUGUAGUGGGACCCCCAUUUAAAGAUGUCGUUUUCAUUAAAAUUUGUCGUUUGAAUUCAUAAAACACAAGAAAAAAAAAACGCAAUUAUACAUUGAUUAUAUGUGCAAAAUUUUUGGUAUAACAAAAACGUUCGCGAACCUGAUCAACUAAAACAAUUAUUAGCAAACAAAAUAUUUAUCGAAAAAACCGCAAAAAAUUAAAGCAAAGAAUAUAUUUUGUAACGGCAUUUCUCGAAAGAUGGGUACGGCAUUUAAAUGAUACCAAAAAAAAAGCAAAUUAACAUUGUGUUAACGUAAAAAACAAAACAUCUACAAGUAGAACACAAAUGUCUGUGUUUGUUUCAACCAUCUGAGACGUUCUAAUAAAUAUGUAAAACCAGUAAUCUUCUGCAAAACCGAUUCGGUUCGUCUGUUUCUUCCCCCCCUCACUUUUUCCUCGAAUGUCUUAAUCUGUAUCACCCUCCCGAAAACUAAAUUUUCUCAGCUCAAACACACGCAAAACUCACCUCUAACACGCCUUUCUCAUAAAAAAAACUAAAAUACAAAAUACCAAACCAGAUGGCACACCAGAUGCAUAGUUUUAUAAAUCGAAGAUAACACAAAUAUAACAAAC